CACACACACACACACACACACACACACACACACACACACACACAGCCAUAGUUGACAGUAUACAGCACAAAAAGAUCCAGACAUGCUAUCACACACACUUUUCAGAUUUUGUUCUAUCAGACCCAUUCACACAGUGAACAGACAUCGGGUCCUCGUCCACACACUCCAAGGCUACAGGCCUAAGGGCCUCUGAAGACACACUGUACUAGCUUGUCUCAAUCCCAGGGGUGGAAUGUUACCAGAUUGGUGUUGGGAGAAAGCUAAAUUAGUUCAUAGGCACAAAGAAACCAGGGUUGUGUUCAUUAGGCACAAAACUGAAGGUGAAGGUGCUACCUGCAGGCCUUAUUGUCCAAAAAUAAACGUCAAAUGAACAUGACUCAGGCUUAAAGAAACACUGUUUAUGCAGAAACUGAUCAAAAUGGAAAUCAAUUAGCGACCUGAAAACACUGGAGUAAGCCAGUGCAAGCCUUUAUGCUGCUUUCUGACUGUAACACCUGUUUUACACUAGUGUAUACACCCUUAUGUUAUACUAGGGAAGUUGUUUUUCCAUAGCUAGGGCUAACAGUGAGGACUUGUGAAGAGCAGAAUCAACAACCUCUGCAUAAUUAAAACAGUUACUUUGUGAGAAGGCGUUAUAGUUUACAGUUAGCCAUUACGUAAAUGAAAGCUGAAAAAUACCAGUGGCCUGGCUUUGGCACCAACUGAGAGCAGGUCCGCCAGAACCAUGGCCCAGGAAGACAUGGGUGCCGACCCACGUAGAUGAAUACAGAAAAGUCUGAGCCUUUUGGGUAAAACACUGGGGGUAAAUCUUAUAUGGAAAUGUGCCCGGAGUGGUUCUACAGGCCCCAUCCUGCCCCUGUGAAAACUCUGGGGCCUGUGCCGACUAGCCCACCCACUAUACUCUCAGCCUCAGUCUGAGCUUGCUAUGCAGCGGUAAUUCACAACAGACAGAAACCAGGACAUAGCUGGCUUGCUGAGAGGCUACAACUCUAAUUACAUUAAAAAAUAUAUAUAUGUUUUCAAAUAACUUUAGUACUGUGUAGGGCAAGCACCUGGAUAAUUAAAUGCCUGUGGAGUGGGGGGGGCUAAACAGCUUUGGGCAGGCACAGGCUUGUGGGGCUCUGUAUUUCAGGAAUGGUUCAUUCCUGAUUCAGGAAAAACCCCAAAGGUAGGCCUAAAUCAGAAUGACAGUCUUCAUGUUCAUAACAAUCUUGAAUUUAAAAAAGGUAAAAAUAAAAAAAAAUGAAAAACAAAAAGCUAAACUUUGGUGAGCGAGUUUAUACAAUGUCAAGGGGUCAACUGACUUGUGCAUGUUACCACCAUGGCAUUUCCAGUGCCCCAGUAUCUGUAAAUUAGACAUGUCGACGAUGAGUAUGACGUGUCUCCUCUCUAACGCCCAGGAUGCUCUGAUUCAAACUCCCAUUAGACAGCUCUGCAAAUGUUAUACUGUUAAAAUACUUUCGUUGCUCGCCGAAUAUUGGAGUGUUGCUGACCAACUAUCUUCAACUAUUCCCGUUACGGUCGGUAUGUACUUCCAAAAAAAGUAAAUAUAAAAAUGUAUUCGGCACAUCCAUUGUAUCACUCAUCCGUGCCACGCACAGGACGGAAGUCUACAACAGCUCAAUACAUUGGAUGUUCCGAAGAAGCAUUUUUUCAGUUGCUUGUACAUUUUUAUUUUGACAUACCGGCCGUAACGGGAGUAAAGGAAGAUAAUUGCUCAGCGAAACGCCAUAUUUGGUGAGUAAGGUAGGGUUUUCACUAACAACGAAUUCAUGAGAAGUUCCGCCCCCAUUCAUUUUCAACGAGGGCACGCAGAGAAAUGUGCCGGGAAAGGUGAGCGGCAAGAACCCUGCUAUCCGAGCGGUAGAAAAAGUUGACCUCGGCUCUACUUUAUGCAAAUGUUAAGCGAAGUGUUGGAGCGAAGCACUGUCAAGAGGAGGCGCCGCUUCUGAUUUUGUCCCAGGACUUGGCAGCCAGGGGUCGUGCAUCGUGGACCCCUUUAAAUGGUGACGUAUUAAUGCAGGAUCGCGAAUCCAUCGUCCUGCUGUGGAAUAGCGGAACAACUAUCAGGCAAUGGACCUACUUUCAUAAAAGUUCUCUAACAUAGCCCUGUUUUUUAAUAAUUUCUCUAAAUUCUGCAAGAGGAGGUUUAUGUUACCCACAUUUGUCAGCAAUUCAACUGGACCAUUUCACAACCUCUCAACUAGCUUCAGCCAUGAGGACCCUUGUCGUUGGAAUUGGAGGGAUGACCAAUGGGGGGAAGUCGACCAUGUCCAGUAGUCUGCACCUGCGGAUCCCCAACAGCUGCAUCAUAGCACAGGAUGCUUUCUUCAAGGAUGACUCUGUGAUAGCUGUGGACAGCAAUGGGUUCAAGCAGUAUGAUGUGCUUGAUGCGCUCCACAUGGACAGAAUGAUGAGCAAGAUUGAAUCAUGGCGGAAGGACCCCGGUUCAUUCCUAGCAUCUCAAAGUCUGAGAACACAAUGCUCUGUAGGAGAGGAGGUGUUUGUGCUCAUCGUCGAGGGCUUCUUGAUCUUCAACUACCGCCCCUUGAACGAAUUAAUGGACAAGAGAUACUUCCUUGAAAUUCCUUAUGACGUCUGCAAAGAGAGGAGAGGCUCGAGAGUGUAUACACCCCCUGACCUGCCAGGGUACUUUGACGGAUAUGUGUGGCCAAGGUACCUGAAAAACCGGCAAGAGAUGGAAGACAUGGUAUCGGAUAUUGUCUUUUUGGAUGGAUUGAAGUCAAAGGAGGACUUGCUGGAUUAUGUGUAUGGGGAUGUAACCAUGGAAAUACAGAGUCUCAUGGGGAAAGACUAAGCAGUUGGAUUUCUCAAACAGUUGCUGGAAUGUGGAAGAGUAAAAGAGACAAUGUGUUCAGAAACAGAUGUGUUGAAACUUAGACUAAGGUUUACAGCCACAGGAGAAAGACAGGAGACACACACACACACACACACACUCACACACAGUGCAGAACAAACUUUCAUGUUAAAUCCAUGUUACUUUUACUCCAGUGAGGUAAAUCUUGUUUACAUAGUUUUUUAACUUAGAAAGUAUUUUUGCAAUCUACAGUACAUUUGUUUUGUUCAGUCUAUAAUGGUUAUGUACAUAGUUAAGGAGUGCAAAGUCUAUAAGCAGUGCAGACUCUUGACUAAAGUUAAUAUGGGCGGCAGGUAGCCUAGUGGUUAGAGCGUUGGACUAGUAACC